AUGUUAUCUACGAUUGAUCUUUAUCGAGAUAUAAUUACUGAUAUGUUCAGAUGUAAAGGAAAUAUUGGUAUAACAAGUAAACAAAGAAAAAAAUUAGCACAUCUUGAGCUUACCACUGAUCAAUGGGAUCUGAUAAAAUUACUAAUUGCUUUAUUAGAACCAUUCUAUUCAGCUACCAAAGCAUUAAGUACCACCCAGCAUCCAACAAUUGGUUCUGCCUUGUAUCUUAUUCGUAGAUUAGAAGAAUAUUUAGAGAAAUUCGAAGAUAAUUUAAUAUUAAAUGCUUUGAAAGCCAAGGUAUUGGUGAAAUUUCAGUACUAUAUGUUUGACGAUACAGAUCAAUUUAAUACGCUAAAAAUGUAUGGAUAUUUUGAUCCCACGGGAGUUUCGGUUCUCACUAAAUUGGAACAAACUUCAGUUGAAAAAGAAUCAAUAAAAAUUUACAAAAAAAACUUUGAAUCAACAGCACCAUUGUCGACAACAUCAUCAGGAAGUCAACAUACAAUACCAAGAGCUAAUAAUAUUAACAAAUCAUGGGAAGCAUUUCUUAAAUCCAUGAAUAAAGAAUUACAACAAGAAGUAUCAACAACAUCUUCUAUUCAUGAUGAAUUCAAACGUUAUCGAAAUCUGGCUACGAAAUUGUAUGUAUAA